GCGGUCGCGUGGUGGAAGAGGGCGGCCGCCAAAGGCGUCAUAUACUCCGCGAUGUACGCGCUCGGACACGCGUACUUGGAAGGUGAGGGCGUGGAGCGAGUCGACCACGCGGCUUCGUUCUCGUGGUUUCUCGAGGCGGCGGAGGCGGGCCACGCCGGGUCGAUGCUCGCUGUCGGGAUUCAUUAUCAAGAAGGCUUCGGCGUUGAGCAAAACGCCUCGAAAGCGUUCGAAUGGAUCCUCAGGGGAGCAAACGCGGGCUGGCCAGAGUGCAUGACCGUCGUUGGUAUGCUCUACAUGAUAGGCGACGGCGUCGAGCGAGACGACCGAGAGGCUUUUUGUUGGUUCACAAGAGGUGCCGCUUGCGACAGCGCAGAUGCCAUGGUCUUCCUCGGAACUUGCUACCAAGCAGGCCACGGCACCGAACGGGAUCUUCAUGAAGCCGUGAUAUGGUUUACGAGAGCUGCUGACAUGGGUAACGAUCGAGCAAAGCAGGCUCUA